AUGAUGCAAGAAGCCUCAGAUGGCGAUUUUUCCGAAAAUGAAUUCAAAGCCGCCUUCUCGUCACCGCGCUUCGACAGAGCGAGGCUGAUAAGCACAGAAACAAAUGAUGAUCCUUUUUACGAAGCCGAAUGGCAAUCGGCCAGCGUUCAAGACGAGGGGCGCCUCAUGGAACUGGAGGAGGAACAAGAACGGCUAAAUAAUUCUUUAUUUUCGCUAUCAAGUCAAUUCGCACAAGUUCAGUUCCGGUUGAAGCAAAUUACGGAGGCCGGCCCUGAAGAUAAGGAGCGGCUCCUCAAAGAGCUCCAUGAGUUUGCUUUCCGCGGGUGCGCCGAUCUCAGCGAGCUGAAAAGAAUGCGGAGUGAAAGUGUUGACGACGAAGAGAUUAGAACCAAGCAAAAAGAAAGACAACGACAACUCGUCAACCAACUUCGAGAACAAAUUGAGGAUCUGGAAAAAAUGGAUUAUGAGAGUGGCGAAGGGCAAAUCCCCAGCAAUAUGGUGAUUCAGAAACAAAAAGCUGUCCUGCAAAGGCUUCAAGAGAAAAUAAACUUAAAUCUGCACGUUGAUAGCAUGAGCGAAUCGGAUUUGAUGAAACAGGUUGAAGAUGCUAUAAAAGAGCUAGUGAAUCCCUUCAAAGAAAAAGAGCAGCUGAUGGAGCAGCUGCAGACGCAGAUUGUCGAUUUGGAAAGAUUUGUCAACUAUCUGCAACGAGAAGCAGCACAGCCAGACUCGCCGACAAAGGCAAUUGGUUCUUCCAAUCCGCCCAACGACAAAAAGAAGAGCCAAGGGUCAGGGCUAACGAGCUGGAUCGGGUGGUCUUCAAAGAAAUUUCAGAAGAAUCAAUUGAAAGCCACGCCAAAGGGAAAUCACUACGGUGAUGAAAGAGCGAGACUACAACUGGCAGUGGAUGCAACACAGGAGGUGCUUCGAAAAUAUACACUGCUAGAUUUCGACAACGACAGUGGCGUUUCGUCAAGUUGUGGCAGGACUAGUACCGAUACUUUAUGUGAUGAAGUGUUCGUCAAAAGCGAGGAAGAAGUCACGACUGUGGUCCGAAAACAACUAUGCCCUGCCCUCCGUGCCCUUCUCGAGCAUGGACUGCUCGAUGAAGCGGCAAAGGGACCUUCCUUUUCUGCUGGAAUCGGGUGUAUAAAUGCAAGAGCCCACCCAGGUGUGAGCAACAAAACUAAACCGUUGCAUCAUAUCUGGGAUGUAAUACUCUUCUUCUACGAUCUAAAAAAUGGAAGGGAUGCUGCGGACGCGCCGGUUCGACACCUCAGCCAGUCCUUUGCCUUGGAAAAUGUUGCGGGAAGGACGGUGACGUCAAAGCAGGCCCUCAUCGGAGCUAUCGAAAGCAUCAUCAAUUCACAUGCUCGGUUGAGAAGAUCCUACGACGCACAGUGGAAGGCAUUUGUGUCAGCAGCCCUAAAUGAGCGGAGACUGCCUGCCUGGCUUCGGAUCAUCUUCCGGACGCGCCAAGUCGUCGACUAUUGCUUCCAUCCCUGGUCUUAUGUGGCCAGAACAGGCUGCGAAGAGCUCUACACGCUCCUCGAAAGCCUUCAUCCCUACAACGUAACGCUACCGGUGGACUUGGCUGUUCGCCCAUUUACCCAGAUCAAAGAAGCCUUC